GCUAGAGAGGUCAAGCUGAGCGGGGGUGGGGGUGUGUGGAAUGGAAAGGCUCUUUUCCAGUAUGUGCGUGUGUGGCUGAGGGUGGUGGGUUGCUUCUGAAUCGGCCAAGAGGACAGGAGGGGCUUCAGGCAGGUAACUGCGGAUAAAAGCCGUACAGCCGGAUCCUGGAAGGUUUACUCACAACCACAAAAGUAAGGGUAUCUGAACACAGUAGGAGGCGAUCCAAGAGAAGGGGAAGGAGAUGGAAGAGGAGGACCCAGAAGGAGCUGGAACAGGCAAGGGAUCAAGGGAGAGUCCCCAACCCACCCAGGCUGGGAGUGGUGUUGAAUCCUGGGAAAGAGCUGUGCCAGAGAUCCUGUCUCAAGACGCAAUGACUGCAAAAGAAUACAACUACUGCUUCCGGCAGUUCCGCUACCAUGAGGCUGAUGGGCCCCGAGAGGUUUGCGGCCAACUCCAUGGACUUUGCAGCCACUGGCUGGAGCCUGAGAAGCGCACCAAGAAGCAGAUCCUGGACCUGGUGAUCCUGGAGCAGUUCCUGGCCAUCCUGCCCCAGGAAAUGCAGUGCUGGGUGAGAGGAUGUGAGCCGCAGACCAGUUCCCAGGCAGUGGCCUUGGCUGAAGGUUUCCUCCUGAGUCAGGCUGAGGAGAAGAGGCAGGCAGAGCAGAUGUCGGGACCAGCUGUAAAGAUGGAAGUGAAGUAUUCUGAGGCAGAAGGAGCUUCAUCAGAGGAAAGUCAGAGGGUACAGGCCCAGAAGUGUGCCGAAAUAGCCCUGUCAAAUGGCAGUGAAGAGAUGUUUUCAAGCUGCCAUCUUUCCAGUGGAGUUCAAAUGUCUGCUCCCCCUCUCGUCCAGUUUCCCUUGUCCUUUGAGGAGGUGACUGUAUAUUUCACCAAGGCCGAGUGGUCCCUGCUAGAUCUGAGCCAAAAAACUCUCUAUAUGGAAGUCAUGCUGGAGAACUAUGGACAUGUGGCCUCUCUGGGUAAGGACCUUUCAUAG